AUGGAUGGAAAACUUUCCGACUUUAACGAAAUGGCAGAGCACUUGCGAAACUUCGCAGGUAGAGCCCCCGAUAUGCCCGUGGAUGAGGGUUCCUCAAGAAGCACAAAUGAAGCCCAACUUACCACCAUCAGCUCAGCAUCAGACAAAGAAACACUCGAUCGAACCAUCAACGAAGUUGAACUCGAGCCCGCAGCAUCAAUCGAUAUCAUGCCUACCCUGCAAGCCCUCAAGGCACACGCGAUUGGCUUGUCAACCUGGUGCAACAAGAAGGAUAUUUCGAAAGGCGCAGCAUAUUUUCACUCUCCUUGA